AACUAAACUUCCCCAGAUGCUGCAGUGUCAGACUGAAAGUAAUAAUCCUAUUGGAUGAUUUACUGAGGGGUCUCAGUUAGAGAGAGAGGAACAGAGAGACUGUAGUCAGUCGGCUCUCACUCAUGUUUGAGCUUGUUUCCUCUAUGCUGAUCAAGAUGAAGCUGUGUUUGAUUCUCGUCUGUGCAGCUCUUCUCUACACAGAGGCUAAAUUUGUGCACAGAGACAUCCACUUAAGCCUGUGCUCUGAUACAGAGAAAGAGGAGAUAUAUGGACUGGAUGGAGAAGAAAUCUGGCACGCUGACUUCAGUGAGGGGGCAGGGGUGCUGACCCUGCCGAGGUUUGCAGAUCCUUUCACCUUUGAAGAAGGAGCCUAUAAAACGGCUGUUGCUAAUGCAGAAACGUGCAGAGAAAACUUGGAUAUUUGUGUGAAGGAUUACAAUAAACCUGCGAAACCGAAAGAUGCCCCUCAAAGCUCAAUCUACACCAAGUACAGUGUGGAGCUGGGCUCUAAAAACACCCUCAUCUGUUACAUCACUGGAUUCUACCCUCCUCAUCUCGGAGUGCAGUGGACCAGGAACAAUGUAAAUGUGACAGGUGAAGCUUCUUUCAGCAGAUUUUAUCCAACCAGUGAUGGAGCUUUCAAGCUGGUCUCUCAUCUGAGCUUCACUCCAGAGGAGGGCGACAUCUACACCUGCACUGUGGAGCACACGGCCCUGGAAAGACCACUGACCAAAACAUGGGAUGUGCAGGUGGUUCUGCCCAGUGUGGGUCCGACUGUGUUCUGUGGAGUGGGUCUGGCUACAGGACUGCUGGGAGUCGCUGCUGGAACUUUCUUCCUCGUCAAAGGAAACAACUGCAGCUGAGAGUCUGACUGUAAACAUCACA